UGGUAUAUCUGUUGACGAGAGCACAAUUGAGUAUACGAAAAGACAAAAUGGUUUGUUAGAUACGUUAAAGGUCCUUGAAAAGAAUCUAUAUGUGGAUUGUGAGAAGUCGAUAGAACAUGCGACCGCAGAGGGGAUCAAAUGUCCUGCUGAGGAUUGCAGCAAUAACAAAUUGGAAUUUCAAAAACCAGUUGAUAUCAACUUUGAAAAUUUAUAUGAGAUUAGUAUGUUUGAUCAUGAGGAGCAUGAUAUUGCCGUCAACUCAGAUAUUCUUUUCUGUCAGAACAUACACUAUACAGACAUCAACAUCAACGGAUGUGACUAUCAUAAUGCUGGCGAGGCCUGUCAAACCCUUUUAAGCCUAUUUAUCAAUAUUACUGCUCGCACACUUAGAAUCUGGAAAGUUCAUUUUGAUAGAUUCCACACCAUUGAUCUAUCUACGAUAGAAGAAGAUGAGGAUCCACUUCCUGAAAUCUUCCGGCGCCGUCUUGAUCUUAAGACCUUGAUACUAGACAAUGUUGGUAAUGACUUUAUUUACUGGAUCCUAAACAACUACACAUUCGCCGAUUCUAUGGAAGUGUAUAUCCUGAACCAAGACUACAAGAACCUUAAUAUUGUCCGAAUUAUUUCCCACCCUACAUGCCGGAAGAUCUCUAAACUUGUGCUCAAUGACUUUGUUGAAUUAGAUGAGGUGAGGUUGUAUGAGGAGUAUAAGAAAGAAGGUAGACUCACUGAACUCCCAUUAUUCAACUACAUCGAAAGAAUGAAAGCCGAAAACAAAACCAUCACGGAUCUUGGUCUUAACAAACUGGUGUUGCAACUGGAAGGUGUUGAUUGCAAUAAGUAUGCUGAAAUCUUAACUGAGUUUAAGAGUAUUGGUAUUCAAUGCGAGGAGGUUCCUUUUGCGGUUAUUGUUGAUCGUCCAAUAGCGAAGUACAACUCUUAUAUAAGGGCGAAGAGUCAAUAUGCUUUGAGGAAACCCGACACACGAUUUUAUAAGGAGCUGGAGCUCAAGAACAUUAAUCUACAAGACUUAGAAGCGGAUCUUGCCAGUCGAUGCACCACGCCUACAUCACAACCAGAUCCAAACCAAGAACAAAAGCCAUCUAUCCAGAAACUUUCCCUUGAGACAUUAUCGUUAUUCUUCUGGGAUACUAAUCCAAUAACUGAGAAUAACCUAGUGAAGAUUCUCGAGUGGAUUGCUUGUCAAUUUACAGGUUUUAAAUGGUUGUUCUUACACAAUCUUGAGGUUUCGGAGGGUGAGAGAAAGAAGAUGUUAGCCCACAAUUACCACGUCAAUGGGUUAGAUGCCUUCAGAUGCGAUUCCAUAUCAUCAGAGCCCGCACGAAUUAGGUUGCUUGCCGGCACUACCCAGAAUAUCAGACUAGCAGAGUUUAAUAUCUCUCGUCCUGAUAUUGUUGUCGUGGAUUAUACAAUGAUACCCCACAUUCUUAAACUGGACCUUACUGGGAUGGAUUCUGAGGCACAUUUGUACAAACUCGCAACGGCUAUAAAGAAGUCUACCUCCAUUAUAUGUUCAAUGUGUUCCUUAAGUCUUUAUCGGCCAAAUGAGGAGAACCAAUUUGGUGAUGUGAUGCAUGCUGAUAUAGAUAAUGGCAUGAGUGGUGAGGUGCGUGAAGAAGAACGCGAGGGGGAUGGUGUGUAUCAAGCAAUAACAAAGAAGAUAAAACCAGAUACUGUGAACAGGCUUUCAAGCUUUAAUCCAGAGUUGCACUUUAAAACAGUCUGCUAUUUCGCUUGCGAACAUCUAUCCUGUCUUAAAUGUGUAUCGAAGAUGAAGAAGCCCCACUGGCAUUUACUAAAGUGUCCAACUUGUAAGAAACAUGCCGAAUACGAUCAAGCUUGCCAGCUUAUAUACGCGCCUCUGCCCAACCUUGUUCUUGUCCAAAGCAAUAUUCCAACGUCUAUCUCAGAGUCCCAACAAUCUAAGAUCACAACAUGGUGUACAACCCCUACAUUCUUCUAUGCCUCUUAUGGAAACGCAUAUUGGACUCUUCCUGAGCACAAGAAAGAAGCAACUUAUGACACAUCCAACCCACUCCAUGUCAUGUUCAUUUAA